AUGCUACGCCUUGCUGUCUGUGCCAGCUUGGUCUCCGUGGUUUUUGCUGACCUUCCGGUCCACUGCUUGCGUCACCAGAUUGCUGGCCAUUGGGAGCUCCACAGAGGACCUGCUGGGCCAAGGCGCAGUUCCUGCGGACACCAGCUUCCGGACGACGAGGCCUCCCAGCCGCCGGUGCAGCUACCGGAAGUGGCCGAGACCAUCUUGGUUGAACUGAAGAACCCCAACGUGGCCGUCACCAACCAGACCGGCAAUGGACGUUGGACGAUGAUCUACGAUGAGGCCAUGGAGGUCAACGUGAACGGCUACUCUUUCCUAGCAUUCCACAAGUUUGAGCUCUUCCAGAGAGACGGUCUGAAGCAGAACGUCUCUCACUGCGGCGAGACACAGCUUGGCUGGUACCACGACGAUGCCCGCACCUCUUGGGGCUGCUUCUACGCCCGCAAAGUCCGGUCAAGGGAGGACGAGGAGGCAGCGAAGGCCUCCUUGGUGGCUGCCCCGCCCCGGGCGGCGCCCUUGCCGCAGGCAUCGGAAGAGCGAUUGAAUUCCACGUACCACGACUCCUUCGCGGCCACCUUGAACCUGUUGCAGGACUGGUGGACUGCCAAGGUUUACGAUCGUUUUGUGGGCCGGACCCUGCACGAGAUCAACUCGAUGGCCGGGAUCUUCAGACCAUUUUCCCAGGCAAAGCGAAAGGAGUCCGAUCCUUACUUCGGCCAGGGCCACGGCGAGUCCGUCCCAUCCUUCCUGCAGCAGGCGCGUGCGCGGACGAAGGCAGUGAAAGGACGCCGACCUUUGCCCUCAGCCUGGGACUGGCGGAACGUUUCCGGUGUGAAUUACCUUGACGAAGUCAUCGACCAAGGGACUUGUGGUUCCUGCUACAUCGUCGCCACCACGCAUAUGCUCGCUGCGAGAUACCGCAUCCAACACCAGGAUCCCAGCUUUGAUGGAUUCUCGUUUAAUUUCCCGCUCUUCUGCUCCGAGUACAACCAGGGCUGCAAUGGCGGCUAUGCCUUUUUGGCCUCCAGAUGGGCGCAGGACGUGGGCCUGGUGCCAAAGAACUGCAGCCACUACGAUCCAGACAAGCUGUUGGGCAGCUGCGAACUGAAGUGUGAUGUGGCCGCGCUGCAGAAGACCUGGCGCGCGACCAAUCACCACUAUGUUGGUGGCUACUACGGCGCAGCAUCUGAGGAGGCCAUGAAGCAGGAGCUCGUUGAACGAGGGCCUCUGGUGGUGUCCUUUGAGCCUCAGAGUGACAUCGUCUACUACACCGAGGGCAUCUACACCAGUGCGCCUCACCAGCGUGCUGAGUGGGAGCCCGUCGACCACGCAGUACUGCUAGUCGGAUACGGACUGGAAGCGGGUCGGAAAUACUGGAUCCUGCAGAACUCCUGGGGCAAGGACUGGGGCGAAGGCGGCUACAUCCGGAUGCUUCGGGGAGAGGACGAGAGUGGGGUCGAGUCGAUCGUUGUCGGUGCAGAUGUCGUCGAGGAGGCCAUGCGGCAAACAGACGUGAAGUUCAGAGUGGACAGGGCAGGAAUGCUCCAUGCCACGCAGAUCGACGAGGCCUUCCGUCCUUCCUGCUCCGUUCGACUGAUGGUCGGCGGCGUGGCCAUGCCGAUUUUGCCGACGCAGGGUUACCCUUGGUUCCAAGUCUCAGUUCUCGGCUCCAAGGCAGUCGCCAGGCCACCGAGAGCUGCGGCCUCGGCGCGGAGCGUUUUGGCCGACUUCGACGCACUGGGCCAGAACCGCAUCUCCAACCGACCCCGCUCCGCAUCCCCGCGGCGAGGUCCGCCGCAGAGGCGCGAAUCUACGAAGGAGCCGGCGCAGGAUGAGAUCAUCGAAGAGUUCUUGGAAGGCUUGCUGGAGGGCUUCCGCAUGGCCGGCGUCGGCGGUCGUCCAAGCGAACCCGAGCCUCCGAGCCUGGAGGAGCGAGUGGGCAACUGGCAAGACCUGGACGAUGUGCCGAAGGCAGCUGCGGAGCGUGCCCUCUCGCCAAAGCUGCAGGGCAUGCUGUCUCAGCGGCCGCCAAGCCCGAGCCCGCUGAGCCCGCAGCCAGCAAGCCCUCCUCGUUCACGUUUCGAGGACGAGCUUGCAGAGGCUACGGCCGAAGCUGCUAUGCCCUCAGUAUCCACUACGCUGCGAAGGCAUGCGUUGAAGGCGUUCUUGGACGAGACUUGCGGCACCGUCGCCAACUCGUUUGAUGUGAUGGCAGGCCUGGCGCUGAAGUCCUCCAUCGGUGGCUCGGGCACACCAGAGGAUCGCCUGAGGUUCAUGUUCAGUGAGCAGGACUUCAGAAUCGCUCUGACCGGACUGGGCUACGGCGUGGGAGUCAAAGAUGUGUGGUGGUCAGAGCUCUUUGCCGCAAUGGACGUGGACGGUGAUGGCGCCGUGUCAUUGCAGGACAUGUUCGACGGUCUGGUGCUUGCGCUGCCACCGCUUCCAGGCGACGUGGGGGUGGAACCUGGGGACGCUCGGUGGCCUUGGAAGACACCUUCGACCACAGACAUUCCCACCUCGGACUAG